AUGAGUUCUCGUCGCACUUCCUCAGCAAAUUCGAGAUCCGAAUCAAGUAUUAACGGCAAAAGCGCAUCAAUGUUAAAAGAACAAAAUAUUCAAGUUUAUUUGAAUCACAGAACUCGCAGACCAGGUGGCUAUGAUUUGAAUUCCAGUAAAAUAAAUACAUCGACAUAUACAGUAAAGCGUCCAGAUAGUUCAUUUGUUUCAAAUAAGAUUUCCGUUAACUCAAAUUCUAGCAUAAAUUCCUCUGAUAUUUCAAGCCCUUCUUCCAAACCAACUAGUAUGCAUAAAUCUAUUUUGUUAAUGACGAAUAAUCAACCCAGACCAGUAAAUGUGCUUCAAACUUUAUAUAGCCCAACAAAACCAGAAGAAUCUAAAUAUCAAUGUGUUCCAACACCAUCACAAACAGUAAUUGUAAAGAGUCCAAAGAAAACAAUUUCAGAAAUUAAUUCAUCAAUCAACGAAUCCGAAUAUUUUUACUCUCCAACCAAGACUCAAUGCGAAAUACGAAAUAUGAUAAGCUCCAAGAGUGAAAUUCCGCAACCAGGAAAUUCUUUUGUUUCAUAUAUUACUCAAUCUAACAACAGAGUCACAAAAUCCAGAUCUAAACUUGCCAACGAAAGUAAUGUCAAAUCCACUCGGUCUCCUUCAAAAGCUCAUAAACCUUUUAGAAAAUCUAGUGCAACUUCAAAUACUCAUUCAAUUUCCGUUUACGCUGAUAGCAAGAAUACUCAGAAUUAUUCUGCAAUACCAUCCGGAUCACCUGUUCACAAUCAUCAUUUUGAUUUAAUGCAAAAUAGUUCAAUAGUCAGCGAAAAUUCUUCUGAUGUAUCACCAAUUCCAAAGAAGACACUAGACAAUAGAGGGCCAUCAUUUACAAACUCAAUUUUAACUCCAAAGAAUCCUCCUCCGAUUCGUGAGCAAAUUGUGAACGAAAAACUCAAAUCAAUGCUCGCAGAUGUAAUGGCUGAAGAAGAAGUAAGCGAAGACGAAAAAAUAACAGAAAAAGAAACAAAACCAAAAGAAAAUUUAACAAAAUCUCCAGAACUUACUCAAGCUGACCGCGAACGUAUUCCAUCACGAUUACCAAACCUCGGAGUAUCAUUGUCAUUAGAUAAUUUUGAUCCACCUGUUGAUUCUGAUGAGGUAUCUUUAUCAUCACUCCAAAACGAUGAAAAUUCAGAUUCUGGAACAUUUGAAUACUAUGAAGAGGAAGAAGAAGAUCCGAAAUCUUCAGAUCCUCAAAAGAUUCUUGAAGAUGGCUCUUUUUCUGAGUAUAAGAAAGCCAGUGAUAUAGAAGACAGCCACCAACAAGAUGGUCUCGAAGAGAAUUUAUCCGAAAUUGCAAAAGAAAAGGUCAGACCAUCAAAUGCUAACAUUGAAGGUCUUACAACAGAUGAAGAUGAGAAGGAAGAAGAUAGCGUUAGUCAAAUAAGCAAUUCUGAUAAUGUUGAGAUCUCAGAUAUUAAAAAUCCCGAACAAGAUAAAAAUGAUGAAAACAAAAGUAGCGAAGAACCAAAAGAAUUAAUUAAUUCAAGUGACAUAGCACACAAGAUCAUCGAUGAAAUACUUCAAGAUGAUGAUUCUUCAAAUGCAAAUCAGAAAUCACCAAAAAACUCAAAAGGUGAAGAAAAUCUUCCUCUCAUUGUAGCAACAGAAGUUAAGGAUAUGAAAGAAGACAAAUCCGAGAUUGUUCUUGAAGAAAAUUUCAAUGUUCAGGAACAAAAUCCAAAAGAAAAUGAAGAAGAAGACAGAUUCCAGUUCGAAGAAGAUAAUAUUGAAUCUCUGGAUCCAAAUGCUCUGAAAUUUGAAGAAGAAGAAAUGUAUUCAGAUGUAGAAUCUUCUUUAUGCAACCACAACCCUUCAAUUCUUGAUAUCAAUGAGUUAGAUGAUCCGAAUAUACAAGCUCCACGUAUGAUUGACGCUGACGAUUUAAUAAUUGAAGAAGAAUCUUUUCCAAGUGAAAAAGACGAGUUGAAUAAAUGCCAAGUUGUAGAUAUCCCAGUAUCUACCUCUCCAGAAUCUGCAGAAACAAGCGAGAUCCCACCUCCAGAUAGCAAAACUGAUGAACUUGACGAUAUUGGGAAAAUUGAUGAAAUCCUUGCAAGUUUAAUCGAAGAGGAAGAUUUGGAUGAGCUUUUUGCCCCAAAAGGACCAAGUAAAUUAACAUCUGAUAUUCUCGAUACUGAAGAUUCAAAAAAAGAUGAUAUCCUUAAAGACAACAAUCAAACACCAACAGUUAAUGAAGACCAAAAGCUCAAAUUGACAAUCCAGACGUCAAAUUUAAAUCAAAAUCCAAGUAAAAACGAAACAGAAGAAGAAAAUACCAAAGAUAAUGCAUCAGAUGCCAACAGCGAUGAUCUGUUUAAUUUAGCAGAUUCGAAUUCCGAUGAAGAUGUCGAUUCAAUAAAAAUUGAAUGUCCUUCACCAAAAGUAGAUGAAUUAUUGGACAAAGGAAGUGAUGAAGAAGAAGAGGAGGGCUCUCCAAAGCACAUUUUCAUAAGAAAAUCAAAAUAUUCAGUUAAUGACGACUCAGAUGACGAAGAAGAGGAGUGCUAUGACUUUAUUAACGAAGAUGAACUUAUUAUCGAAAAUGAUUACUUUGAAGAAGAAGAAGAAUCAGAUCUCAUAAUUCAUCCAACAGAAAGAGUCGACAAGGAUCUCACUAGUGAACAAAAAUCAAAAAUUGUUGAAGACUACGUUGGAAAAAUCAAUAAUUCUGCUUCAGUUGUUAAUGAAUUAAUAAAAGUUGCAGAUAAAUUGAUUCUCGAGCAGCUUAAUUCACUGUGA